AUGAUAUUUAAUUGUCUUUCUUUUUUUCUUUUGCAGACCUUUAUCUAUGUAUCUAUCUAUCUAGACCUUUAUCUAUGUAUCUAUCUAUCUAGACCUUUAUCUAUCUAUCUAGACCGUUAUCUAUCUAGACCGUUAUCUAUCUAUCUAGACCGUUAUCAUUCUGUCUAUCUAUCUAGACCGUUUUCUGUCUAUCUAUCUAGACCGUUAUCUGUCUAUCUAUCUAGACCGUUAUCUAUCUAUCUAGACCGUUAUCAUUCUAUCUCUCUAUCUAGACCGUUAUCUGUCUAUCUAUCUAGACCGUUAUCUGUCUAUCUAUCUAGACCGUUAUCUACCGUUAUCUAUCUAUCUAGACCGUUAUCUAUCUAUCUAUCUAGACCGUUAUCUAUCUAUCUAUCUAGACCACCUUUAUCUAUCUAUCUAUCUAGACCUUUAUCUAUCUAUCUAGACCUUUAUCUAUCUAUCUAUCUAGACCUUUAUCUAUCUAUCUAUCUAGACCUUUAUCUAUCUAUCUAUCUAGACCUUUAUCUAUCUAUCUAUCUAGACCUUUAUCUAUCUAUCUAUCUAUCUAUCUAUCUACGUCUUUAUCUAUGUAUCUAUCGAUCUGGAUCUUUAUCUUUGUAUCUAUCUAUCUUUAUCUAUUCAUGUGUGUAA